CCUUCCUGUAACACCCUGUUUUUGCAAACUCUGUAGCAGCUUCCCUCUGCUACUGGUCACGGGCCGCUGUGGCCCUUUUCUGCCCCUAAACUGCCGGCUCCCUUUGUCUUAACCCGUAAUGCCUACACCGUAGGCCUUUAUUUUGUUCCCUUGGCCCUCGCUGUUGAUUUUUUUUUACUCUGAGCACCGUUAAGGUCUUUUUCGAGGAUGCCAGAGCCCGCUCUCUUCCCACCCUCUGCUGCCAACCCGAACAGCAGGGAUCAGUGAGAGCUGGCGUGACUUCAGCAGCCGCUACUGAGCGUGCUCGGUCCCAGGGAGCAUGCUCAGUGACGGCCAAGCUUCAAAUUCUGACGGGCAGCCGACUUUAAUAGCGGUUGCGGAAGGAAGCGCCUGUGAGCGGGCUGUAAACAAUCUCCUGUUUUAGGGGCGGGCGGCGCUGCUGCUACGGGCUCCUUCAUGGAGCGGAGGGGCAGUGCGAAAGGCGACCUGCACUCUCGAAGCGGUGGCGGUCCCAAGGCGCCAGUGCUGCACAUCGUGGUGGUCGGCUUCCACCACAAGAAGGGCUGCCAGGUUGAGUUCUCCUAUCCUCCCCUAGUCCCAGGAGAAGGCCAUGACAGUCACACUUUGCCAGAGGAAUGGAAAUACUUGCCUUUCCUAGCAUUGCCAGAUGGUGCUCACAACUAUCAAGAAGACACUGUGUUUUUCCACUUGCCACCAAGAAGUGGAGAUCAAAGUACGGUAUAUGGUGUCUCGUGCUAUAGACAGAUUGAAGCUAAGGCUCUGAAAGUACGGCAAGCAGAUAUUACCCGAGAAACAGUACAAAAAAGUGUCUGUGUUCUAAGUCAGCUGCCUCUGUAUGGGCUACUCCAAGCUAAGCUGCAGCUAAUUACACAUGCCUAUUUUGAAGAAAAAGACUUCUCACAAAUUUCAAUACUUAAGGAACUUUAUGAGCAUAUGAAUAGCUCUUUAGGAGGAAGCUCCCUGGAAGGAUCACAAGUUUAUCUUGGUCUGUCUCCACGAGAUCUUGUCCUUCAGUUUAGACACAAGGUCUUAAUUCUGUUUAAGCUGAUUCUUCUAGAGAAAAAGGUUCUGUUUUAUAUAUCUCCAGUGAAUCGGCUGGUGGGAGCGCUAAUGACCGUCUUAUCACUCUUUCCUGGUAUGAUAGAGCAUGGUCUUACUGACUGUUCACAGUACCGGCCAAGAAAGAGCAUAUCGGAGGAUAUUGGCCAGCAAGAAGUUCCACCUCCUUCAGAUUAUUAUGUUUCUUUGUCUGCUGUGGCACUUUCAAAUGCAAACAUAGGAACAGAUAAGGAAGGCCAAAAGUUGUCAGGAGACCAAGGUACUCAGAAAGUAGAUGUGCCUUUAUUCCAGAGUGAGGACAAUCUCAAUAGAACACAGGUCUCCAAGGACAGUGGGCAGCAUUUGAAACCUCCUUCACGCACUUCUCCAGAGUCAUCUGAAAGUGACUGGGAAACUUUAGAUCCUAAUGUCCUAGAGGAUCCCAAUUUGAAAGAAGGAGAAAGUGAAAUUACUGCAGUAGCAGCGCAGACUGAAGUCCUUCCAAAGGAAUCUGCAGUCUCUGAAAGUAUUCCAAUUACUGUGCAGCCUCAACCUAACACAGGGCAUGCAGUGUUUGUUCCUGGGCUUAUAUCUGGUUUGGAAGAGGACCAGUAUGGCAUGCCACUAGCUAUCUUCACUAAGGGAUACCUUUGCUUGCCAUACAUGGCACUGCAACAACACCAUCUCCUGUCUGAUAUAACCAUUCGUGGUUUUGUGGCAGGAGCCACCAAUAUCCUUUUCCGUCAGCAGAGGCAUCUAAGUGAUGCUAUUGUAGAGAUUGAGGAAGCUCUGGUUCAAGUCCAUGAUCCAGAGCUCAGGAAGGUUCUGAAUCCCACAACAGCUGACUUGAGAUUUGCAGACUUCUUGGUGAAGCAUGUGACUGACAACAGGGAUGAUGUAUUCCUAGAUGGCACUGGCUGGGAAGGAGGAGAUGAGUGGAUCCGGGCCCAGUUUGGCUCAUAUCUCCAUGCACUGCUUGCUGCUACUUUGCAACCAGACAGUGAAAAAGUAUUGUCAGACUUCGGAACAACCUUUGUAGCAGCCUGGAAGAAUACACACAAUUAUAGAGUAUGGAACAGCAACAAACACCCAGCUCUUGCAGAGGUAAAUCCUAGUCACCCAUUCCAGGGCCAAUACUCUGUUUCAGACGUAAAAUUAAGAUUAUCACAUUCUGUCCAGAAUAGCGAGCGGGGCAAGAAGAUUGGAAAUGCCAUGGUUACAACCAGCCGGAAUGUUGUACAGACAGGAAGAGCUGUAGGUCAGUCAGUUGGAGGUGCUUUUACGAGUGCAAAAUCAGCCAUGUCCUCAUGGCUUUCUACUUUCACCCAGUCAACACAAAGCCUUGGGGAGUAACUGUUCUGCAGCAGACCAAACCCUUGCAUUUAUCAUGAUAAAGAAACAAGAAUUCAAGCAGCACAAGGAUGAAGAAUGGCCUUUAAAGCUGCAUCACAGGAAGUUGUAGUUUGCAUUAAUGCCUCUUUGUUUUUAAAUCUGAGCCUUUGUAACAAUAGUAGUAAACAAGCCUUGUAGGACAGGCUUUAUUUUUCAAUGCGUGCUGUUCUUUGAAUGGUGGUACUGAUUUAUGUAAAUGUUGCUGUCUAGACUUUUUUAAAAAAAAAUGAGGGUGAGGCUUACUCAUACUUCAGUUUUCAACAGAAAACUAAUCUGUGAAGCAAACACUUCAAGACACUUUUUUCUAUCCUUCCAUCCUAGAUGCAGAAGUUAGUUCAUUUCAUUUCAGUGGAAGACACUUGUGCUGAGGAAUCCAGCCUAAUAUUGUAACUCUUGUUGCCUGUGGGUGGUCUGAAGUUAAACAAGUGCAAUUUAAAUUAGAAUUGAGUGGCCAGUUUAACCCUUAAAAUACCCAAAUGAAAGCUUAUCUGAACAGCUGCUGACAGUUUUGCACCAACUUAUUUUAUCUUUUAGAAAUCUAGCUGCUUAUAUUCUGGGUUUUUUAAAGUUUAUUUUUAAAGGUCAUUAAUAAAGCGGAAAUAUGAGAAUAGUCUAAAUGCUUUAAUGCACAGCUUCAUAUUUUUGUUAGUUCUUUGGAACAGUCCUCUGGGAAACCUCGUAGCGGAACAAUUGUAGUUCAGUAACUACCAUUUCCUUGAUAUCAUGUUGUGCAUGUGAACUUAGUUUUUCUUCAUAGGGAUAUUGCUUGAUUUCAUGUUCCAAGUAGACUUCCCAGUGGCUGUUAUAACUUUCACCAGUGAAUACCUAUAACCAAAUACCUACCUCUGUGGCACAGUUAGGCUCCAAAUGCAAGAGUCAGAAGUGCAUUUUUUGUUCCUAGUUACUGUAGAUUUUUCUUCUUUAAUGUGUAGGUUAGCAGAGGUUUGAGAAAUGAAUGUAAUAACAUAUUACUUGGCUUUCUGCCAGUGGUGGUUUUACGUAUUGCAGUAUCAGUAACUACUGCUCUUUGUAGUACAGGCAGCAGGAUGUGGCAGCAUAACUGCACUGUUUGCAACGUGAAUGAUUUACCAAAAGAAAACAGAAUUGCAGGGCUCCCCCCGCCUUUAGGUCUUAGUAUGUUUGCUUACAGCUCCCCCCACCCCAAUUUUCUUCUUGGUUUUCCUAUCCAAACCUUAAAAAAGUAUAUGAGGGCUGUAUAAAUUCAGACUGUGACUGCUAUACGUAGACCACUUACUUGAUCUCCUUCUGGCAACUGCAUAUCAAUUAAUGAUGAAACAUUCUGCCCCAGUACAGUUGUCACAACAUACCCCAACCAGAGUUCUUGCAUUCUGCCCAGAUCUCUGAGAUGGACAUGGUUAUACUACAAGGAUUUUCAUAUAAGCAGUUCCAGUUACGUCGUACAACCUUACUGUACAAAUUAUCACAGGAGAGAAAGGAAGCAUAUACACCAUUUUGUGUGGCUAAUUCAGUAUCUACUUUGUUCUGUACAUAUAUUAUGAAAAUAAGUGGCCAAUUGUAGUGUACUACAAGUACAUGUGCAAUUUUCACAUACCUACAUAAGUUUUAAUAGGUACUGAGCAGGUGAGCGAUGAUGAAAUGGCAGAUGCGCUGAUGUAACCUUUAGAUAUAGCACUGUUUAAAAGAAGUUAGCUUCUACUUUCAAUCUUACUCCGAUAUCUGAAAUAGUAUAUAGCCAGCAUCUUGUAUUCCUCAAAUAAACAAACAUUGAAUGUGUUUUCUUCUACAAGUGUUCUCUUCUCAAAGGAACAAGCCCAUAAAUUAGGGUUAUAGUACUCUAACCACGUAUGUUGACUGUGCUCAUAAAGAAACACUUCAUAGUGAGGUCCUGCCAUGGAGAUGUCCUUUUAUUGAAACUACAGAACUAAACAUGCCAUGACAGUUAUUGGACUGGAGGCAGGCUGAAGCAAAGCUUAUAAACCACCUGUUUUUUUCUUCAGAAUUCCUUGUAAUUGUAAUACCCAAUUGUUGGUUUUCAUCUUCCCUUAAAAGCAUGCACAAUUCAAGAGACAUCUUAUUCGCAAACUAUCAUGAAAGGCCAACAACAUUCUUAAGUAUAAGAUGGGGUGAAAAACUGUUAAAAUGUGUUAACUGUACAACAGUUUAAAGUAGCCACCAUCUUGCAAUGAACAUUCAAGUUAUCAUUUAUAAUUAUACUACAGGAAAUCUGGCAGUAUUUAAUUAUACAAGUCAAGUCACAUAGGAAUUGUGCAGCCUAUUGAAAACUAGUACUGUGUACACAAUAGUAGUUACAGGAGGUAGUCUAUUAUACACUGAAUAAAUUGGCAUAGGCACAUACUGUUUUAUAAAUGUGUGGAGUGUUAACAAAACAUUCUUCCCUCCACCACAAAUAUAUCUGAGUAAGUUACGUCUAACAGUGUGAUCUUAAGACUUGCUCCACACACAAGUAAAUGUUCAGAACGAAACACUGGUGUGCCAAGUCACUGCUAUAUACUAUAAUGCUUUAUUGCUAUUGAAAGGGUAUUAUCCUGGUGUUUGAACUUUUCCACACAAGUGUUUAGGAUCAGGCUGGUAACUUGGUAUUUUGUAAGGCUGUUUUAUGGGCUGGUGUUUCCUACUACAAACUUAUAUAUUUGCAUCAUGCACAACAGAGAAACUAAUUUAUUUUUUUAAACUGUUCAAGUAUUUGAAAAUGUACAGUACAAAAUCGGCUAGAAAUACCUCUCCCAUUUAUAAACAAGUAAGCAAUUUCAAUGCCUCUAACAAAUUUGAGGAAAUAAUCAUCCAAGGUUGGUUUUCAGAUGUACAACUGAAAUCAGUUGCCUAAUCAUGUGUUAUUUAAGGGAAAUGAGACACAGAUUUAUUUCCAUCUGAUUUUUGCUGUUACCAGCCUAUUCAAAGAAGAAGGCUGGUAAAUUUUAGAUAUUGUUUCAUCUAUUGUCAAUGUGCAAAGAAUAGGCUAUGUUCAAAGAUUAUUAAUGCUUCUGCUGUAUCUUUUGUUCUGAAGAAAAUAAAGAUGGUUCUGCUUGAAUGUAUAGACAGGUUAACUUGAAUAUGUACAAUUACUGUCCAGGAUGACAUGGAUUUAAGCACUGUUCUAUAUAAAAAAAAUCAGGUUCAGGCCUCCUAAGAUAGUCCUAGAACUAGACAGCUGAAAGGGGGGGGCAGUUUCAUCUGGAGGGAGUAAAUUUCACAUAUGCCAUUUGAUUCGGCAUCACUAGAACAUUAAUGUUUGGUAUACUUUUUAAAUUUUGGUAGCUUUAGGUUUGUGUGACAUUACAAAUAUGACAGAUGCUAAACUGAAAAAUUAGAAAGCAUUUGUUUUAUUUUCCUUGUGCAUGUUCUGACAUAGUUUUCAAAUAGGAACUUUAAUAGCCUAAGGGCAUGUAGAAAAUAUAUUACAAUAGCUAAUGUAUAGAAAGAGGACAACAAAACUGCAGAAGAGCCCUAUUCCAAAAGAUUAUAGAGAAAUUAAAGGGAAAUUUAAAUGAAGAGUAGGGAUGUUGAAUAAUCAACAGGGGAACACGUGACGGAUAUGAAAUAAAAGGAAGAUGAUGCAAGGAUGACAGAUUCAUUCACGGAGGAACCGUAUGAUGAACCAGAAAUUUUAGAAAGUGAGGUAAAAGCUGCUCUUAAAAUACUUGAAAGAAACAAAUCACAAGGAAUAGAUGGCAUACCAACAAAUAUGGAUAACUAAACAAUGGUCAAUAGACUGGAAGCGUUCAAUAUACCAAUUCCAAAGAAAGGGGAUCCCAGAGAAUGCAGUAAUUAUCGAACUAUUGCUUUAAUAUCCCAUGCAAGUAAUGUUCAAGAUUCUACAACAAAGGCUCUUACCAUAUAUGGAGUGAGAAAUGCCAGAUGUCCAAGUUGGAUUUAGAAAAUGAAGCGAUACCAGAGACCAUAUUGCAAACAUACGUUGGAUAAUGGAACGGACCAAGGAAUUUCAGAAGGAAGUCACCCUGUGCUUUAUAGAUUAUAGCAAAGCCUUUGAUUGUGUAGAUGAUGAAAAACUAUGGAAUGCUUUAAAAGAAAUGGGGGUGCCACAGCAUCUGAUUGUCCUGAUGUGCAACCUAUACUCUGAACAAGAGGCUACUGUACGGACAGAAUAUGGAGAAACCAAUUGGAUCCCCAAUGGAAAGGGUGUGAGACGGGUGUAUUUUAUCACCCUAUUUGUUUAAUCUAUAUGCAGAACAUAUACGGAAAGCAGGAUUGGACCAAGAUGGAGAUGUGAAAAUUGGAGGGAGAAAUAUCAAUAAUUUAAGAUAUGCAGACAAUACCAUACUACUAGCAGAAACCAGUAAUGAUUUGAAAGAAAUGCUGUUGAAAGUUAAAGAGGAAAGCACAAAAGCAGGACUACAGCUGAGUGUCAAGUAAACUAAUAACAGAAGAGUUAUGUAAGUUUAAAGUUGACAAUGAGGACAUUGCACUUGUCAAGGAUUAUCAAUAUCUUGGCAUAGUCAUUAACCAAAAUGGGAACAAUAGUCAAGAGAUUAGAAGGAGGCUAGGACUGGGGAGGGCAGC